AUGAACGGGUCAGUGCUGGUUGCCGCUCAGUUAUCCUCCAUAUUCCCUUCAGCCCAAGCAGCGACUCUUGCGAUACACACCAUCCGCCAGAAGACGCCUCUCCCAGCAGCGCCUAAAGACUCUGAUCCUCCACCCGAACAUGCAUCGUAUGCUUCAGUUUUGCAGAACGAAGCCACUGGAACACUGCUUCUACGCGUUUUGCAUGGCUCGUUGAUUGUAGAGCUCAUCUCACUGUCGACCGACACCCUCCCAAUACGUUUCGUGUUCCCUUCACCGAUUCUUCCUCAUCCGGGAGUAUUUGUUUGGGGCGCGAACCAGUUGCACCUUCUAGCGGUCACACUCUCUGGUUCCCUGUACCGGGUUGUUAUACCCCUUGAAGAUGGCGUGAACUUGUGGAAGCACCAAACGGACCGAUUCACGUACCACGAAUAUCUGAUCAAGACUUUCCAGGAGGAUGCCGAGGGACUUGUUCAGAUACAGGGUCCUCAUUCUGUAGCCAUUGGGCUACAAAAUGGAGAGUUGCUUCGGUUGGAGUCGGAUUCCAUGGGGCACAGUGUAUCUGAAGAUAGCUGGACAGAGACUGUGUUCCAACACGGCUCGUUCCUCACUUCUCUCACCUCCUUCCUCCACGCACAAUCACCGAACACAGCCGAAGUUGUAUCGAUAGCCACUCAUCCUUGGCCGACUGACCUGGGCCAUGUCUGGACAUUGUCUCGAGAUCGUACCUUGCGUCUGUGGAAAGCUAAAAUCGGAUGCGUAGCUUCUCGAUCUCUUGCGUUGACGAGAGAGUCCCCCGGGCCUUCCGCACAUGCACCUCCGUUAUUGGAAACCCAGAACCAGCAAUUCCUUCAAGUGUUUUCUACAGGCAAUGAAACUGUGUAUGUUCUUGUCUUCGUGCCUACCGUUUCUUCCUCGACUUCCGGAGGAUCUUUCCGUCUCUUCCGCACUACCUCAGACCAAUUACACGACGAAGGUAUAAUUGAAUGCUCGCCGAACAGUGCUCAUUGUCAUCUACAAGACUUCAGAGUCAUCGAUAUGAACCUAUACGUUUUAUGGGAUCGACAGGGCCAGUCCAUGGUUGAACGAUCAGUGAUCAACACGGAUACAAGGUCGGAUCGUUCGGGCGCAACUCCGUGGUAUCCAGCUACAUAUGCUCGCGAGCCGGAGUUAACGCCAGCAUAUCUUGAAGAGUUGCUCCUUUCCCCUGGGUCCCUUACGGACAAAUUCUUUGAAGCAAUCAUGAGGCCUGGGAGGUUCUCACCAUUGACUUUGCGCACCGCGAUCGAUCAAUACACGAACGCAUGCCUCGCACUCCCAGGACCUACUCCACUCCAACUAACGACAACGUAUGCAACCCUAGGAGAACAAAUCGCCGCGGUCGUUGGCUGUACCGUCAACCUUGUUAGAGACCCCAAGACCGGCACCCUACAGCAUGGAAACUAUUGGAACGCUCUGAAACGCGAUUGGGAAGGCUUCAUUGCUCGGUGUCGCGAGGUCGAACGGAGUGCACGUUGGCCACUCGUGCUGGGUGAGCAUGAUAGGGGGGAAGUCGUAGUCGUGGAGCGUGAGCGAGUGGGCAUGCUGGUCCAAGAAGACGCCCCUUUGUCCCUGCACCGAGCUGUGGUGGAGGGUCGACGCCUUGGUGGAAACGCCAACGAUUUACUGGAACUCCUGUGGACCAUAUGGGCUAAACUGGAUCCUCAGGCGAGGCUUAACUUGGAGAGUUGGAUAUCCGACUCGAUUCAACAGGAAAAUGCCUUCGCUUGGGCAGAUAUGAUUCAAGAUCAAGUCGAACGUGCCUCCUUCGUUGAUGAUAUUGAUGAAGGCUUCCACAGUUGGGUGUUCGGCAGACUUCAAGGCAUCCAUGACUUCACAUCAGCGGUUCGCAACGUACUUGACCUCGUCAGCGAUUUUGAUAGCAACGUUGUGAAGCGGGAGGUUGAUGAAGAAGACACGCCCUUGUACCAACCACGUUGCGACUGGCUGGCUGUUCUGACGGCCGCUUAUGCGACAAUAACCAUUCAAGCUCGACACGAGUUCUGUCUUGCUCUCAUAUCAUUGCUAUUCCUUCUUGCUGAUGAUCUGACCCAAUGGGAUCCCUCUCUUCUGGCGGAGAUAUUCGCGGUGUUCCGUGGGACAGCAAUGUUACAACAUGUUGCGCAUCAACCUGCGGCGGAAACGACACCGGUGAAACAGGUUGAGGACGCCACCGGCGCAGAUGAAGUUAUUGCUCGAAUGCGCGAAAUGCAAGUUUCAAGAACCCGGACCCAAGUCCCACCUAGCCAUUCCUUAAUUCACCGACUCGUUGCCCAGGACGCUGCUGCAAAUGAUGUUCAAGUAUCGGCCCACCGGUUCCUUGCUGGCCUUGGGUUGUCUGAUGCAUCGAGCACUUCGCAUGCGACCAAGUUCGACGUCCUAUUCUGCGAACGUCUAAGGCUACUCAAAUAUUACCACGUAGCUCGGGAGAUGCUAUCGUGGCUUCCACGCACUCCUGGGGUCACCUAUGUCUUUUCGCGGCUUCUCUUGGAUAUAGGCCGCGCAGACGAUGCCUCGUUCUACCUGGAGAAGCUCGCAGGUUGUUUUGGACCUCACUCCGGUGUAGCACCUGAAGAUAUUGAUAGCUUGCGUGCCGUCCUCCCAAAUGCCGAACUCUUCGACUCUGAUCACCUUUUCUACCUCCAUGCUGCCGCCUUGUUCCACGAGCAUUCAUUCGUGGGUAGCGAGGUGCUCUUCACGAAGCUUGCCCUUUCUACUGUUCCGCAUGGCGCAGAUACCUCGGGUCUAUGGUUAACCAUCAUCAAGGGUUCGGUCGAUCUACGCCUAUAUGAUGAUGCAUAUGAAUCCUUAAUGGCUUGCCCUUAUGAGAAAUUAAAUCGGGAUUGUGUGACCCAACUGGUGUACCGAAUGUGUGAAGAUGAUGCUGUUGAGAAAUUGAUAUCGUUCAAUUUUGGGUCUCUCGUGGACGAAGUCGAAGAUGCGUUGUCGUUCAAGGCACGCAAUGUGGAUCCCCGUAUACGACCCUAUUAUUCCAAAAUCCUGUACACCUGGCAUGUCACAAGAGGAGACUAUCGCAGCGCUGCUUCGUCUAUGUAUCUACGAGCCCGCAAACUAUACGACCUCAUGUCAGACCCAGGUCUAUUCAGUACAUUCGCUCUCGAUCAACUAGAAGCUUACACGGUCGCAAUUAAUGCCUUGUCGCUAAUUGAAGAGGAAAGUGCCUGGAUCAGUCUCCCUAUCCAAACUGAAUACCCAACCGAGCGGCGCAAGUUGACGAAACAUAUCCCAAAUGACAAGUUCACCACUGGGACGUAUGAUGUAGAAAUCAUCGACAUUAAAGACAUGCAAUAUGACUAUGCUCUUUUGUCCGCACAACUGGAUGCCGUCCAAAAAGACCCUUCUCUGCUAUCUUCUGGAGAGUUCUUACUUCCUCCUUCUGCUAUUGUAAUCCGGCUGGCUCAGUCCAACUCUUUCAACACUGCCCUGUCCGCCGGUCGCAGCUUAGACGUGGACCUGACCGACGUGUUCUCGUAUCUAACUAGUCAAUGUAUUCGCCUGGAGCGUAGACCGGAGUCCAUACUACAAGAGGAUACGACCGACUGGCUUCUCACCGAUCAAGUUUCAACGUGGACGGGGACACCCGCAGACCGAGGGUGGAGACACUUGAGGCAGUCACUAGACCGCCACGAUGGUAUCGAUACGGAUUUCAAAUACUCAAAAACCGUGUUGGACACGAUCCUUUCGUUUGAGAAAGCUUCGACUGCUCCCCCAUGGCUUAUCCGUUCUCUCGAGGAGAACUGCCAUGAGCAUCUUAUCCGCACUUAUCUCCGAUAUGAAAGCAUUGGAGAUGCUGUAGCGAGCACACUAUCCUUGAUCCACAAGGCUGAUGCCCAACUCGGGCGAGAUCCCAAACGACAAGCAGGAUCGACGUGGCUUUCGUAUACCCUAAUCGAUCAGGUCCUCGCUGCCGCAGAGAGCCACCCAUCUACCGUACCCAAAAUAUCCACCCUGAAAACGGAACUCGCCAGCCGGGUGAAGCGCAUGCAGAGACUCGGUGCUUCUGCGUGA